GGACGAUGAAAGCAGUUUUCUCGCAGGGCGACUUGAAUUCCCUUUCUCAGUGCAGUGUGCCGGCUCCUCUACAAACGGAACCCUUGGACUCCGCUUCUUUCGAGGAGGCCUCCGCCAAGGCUCACCCCCAAGAGCAUGCUUCACAGUUUGUUCAGGUCGCUUUCUCUGCCAGGAAAUUUCAGAGGCCUCAAGAAACUGAAGAGCAACAGUUGCAAUUGCUUGCAGCAAGAUACGAUGUUCUCUUGAGCCACGCAUACGAAUGCUCCUCCCUUGGCAGACUGUUGAAGGACAAGUGCGAAGCAGACCGGAUCAGUCUUGUUGCCGAAUCCCUGGGUGGCAAGGCCAUCUCGACUUUGAAGAAGCGGUUGUCCAGUCUCGCCCGCAUGGUGGGAUGGUGCUCGAACCAGGGCAUGUCAGCUUUCCCGAUCGACUCUCAGGUGUUGAUCGAAUACACCCAGCAUCUGCAGCAGAGCGGGGCCUCGCAUUCAGUGUUUGGAUCUUGCAUCGAAGCUUGUAACUUUGCUAGAUUCAUUUUGGGUGUGGAAGCGAUUGGAGAUCCUCACAAGCACCCGCUUGUGCAAGGGCGUCUUCGCAAGGUGCGGUUCAACCGCCCGCCUCGUGUGCAAGCCAGGCCUUUUCAGGUUCGCGAGGUAGCAUACCUUGAAGCUUUCGUCCAGGACAGCCGCCGUGAUGCAAGGGAUAGAUAUGCCGCUGGUGCUUGCUUGUUCUGCAUUCACUCGAGAGCCCGUGUAGGGGAUGUGAGGGCAGUCAAGAUGAUGACCAUCGAUUUUGCAGAAGGUGUGGCGCUUGUCGGGCCAUCCUAUCGCCACUGGAGCCUGCAGCCUGCCCCUGCUGCAGUCACCUAUGCUCAAUGGGUCAUGGAGCGGUCGUCGGAUUCCGACGGGCAGGUUUGUGUCCUGGAUUUCUUCGAUCCUUCAGUCUGGGGAUUCAAGCAUGGGGACUCCUGCACCAUUUUGGGACACCACUCCUUGAAGGAUCGGCGGUCUGUCGUAACCUACUCCAGAGACAUUCAAGCGGGUCUUUAUGCAAAGGGCCUUGUCGCUGCCGGCUCGGCCGAGGAGCUGCCAGUCGACAGUGUGUUCGAGACUGAGGCAGAAAGGGUGCUCCUGCCUCCGAGCCGGGUUUCGGAGAUCAGAAGGAUGCCACCUUUCGGCCGUGCUGUGGACUCCCUGAUCCAUAGUGCAGAGCGUGCCGCUUGGGAGGACCCGGAUGCUGCUUUCGGGGACAGUGGAUCACAGGAGGAGGAGCCGGGCUCUUCUUCGUCUAGCGAGUCUAGUUCUGAUUCAGGUUCGUCUGACAGCGAGAUAGAUGAAGUCCUGACUGCAAGUCAGGCAGAUCCCACAGUGGGGCAGAGGUAUCACGAUCGGUGCCCUGUCUAUCAGCAGAAGAAUACAAGGACUCUUCAUCUCAAGCCUGCGGGAAGCUCCAUGGAGCGCUUUAUAUGUGGCCGUGAUAUCACGGCGAACCACAAGCCGUUCACGUCGGCGGUUCAAGCGGCGCACUGGCGCUGCAAGCAAUGCUGGAAGGGCAAGCCCAUCAGGGACUUAGGGUCCUUGGUUCACUGCCUUGACGAGCGAUUGAAGAAGAUUCCGAGGUCCGAGUAA